AUGGAGGAGCAGAAGACUCUUUCUAAUCGGGGUGCAUUGGUGAUCCGGGUUUCGAACAUACCAUCCCAAGGUAAGCUUCGUACAACUCCCUUUGACACGUUUUGGAUAUAUGGUCAACAGCCCCACUCUAACACUGUCACUUACAAACAAAUAGCGGAAAAGCACGAAGUAAAAGCUGCGAUAGCUCGAGUUUACCAUCGCGGGAUCCGUGAAAGGGCUCGUCAAGUGCAACCAGAAGAUCCGUCUGACGAGUCUGAAGGGCCAUGGCUUAUGAACUUUAGACUUGAUCUUAGAGAAACACACGACCACACACCCCGUCCAAGUACCCUUCCACCCGGACUGGAACAACAAAAAAGAUACCGAGUACCAGACCCUUAA